AAUUUCGGCAUUUGUUUCAAAUUAUAAAUAAUUUGAUUUCUAAAAAUGAAAUGAAUAUUUUUUUUUUUACUCUGUUUGCCCUCUUGCUAUUUUGUGGCUCAGUUGCAAAAUCUGCCCAAUUUCCUCUUCAUGUAUGGCUACCCGAUGCUAUGGAGGGACCUACUCCAAUUUCUGCCCUUAUACAUGCUGCUACUAUGGUAGCCGCUGGAAUUUUUCUUGUGGCUCGUCUUUUUCCUCUUUUCGUAAUGCUACCCAAAAUAAUGAACGCAAUAGCUUUUAUAGGUAUAAUAACAGUAAUAUUAGGAGCUACUUUAGCUAUUGCUCAAAAAGAUAUUAAGAAAAAUUUGGCCUAUUCUACAAUGUCUCAAUUGGGUUAUAUGAUGUUAGCUUUGGGUAUGGGAUCUUAUCGAGGUGCUUUAUUUCAUUUGAUUACUCAUGCUUAUUCAAAAGCAUUGUUGUUUUUAGGAUCUGGAUCCAUUAUUCAUUCAAUGGAAGCUCUUGUCGGAUAUUCUCCAGCUAAAAGUCAAAAUAUGGUUUUUAUGGGCGGUUUAACAAAACAUGUACCAAUUACAAAAACUUUUUUUUUAGUGGGUACACUCUCUCUUUGCGGUAUUCCACCCUUUGCCUGUUUUUGGUCUAAGGAUGAGAUUCUUAAUGAUAGUUUUGUAUUCACCAAUUUUUGCAAUAAUAGCUUGUUCUGCAGCAGGAUUAACUGCAUUUUAUAUGUUUCGAAUUUAUUUACUUGUUUUUGAGGGAUAUUUAAACGUUCAUUUUUUGAAUUUUAAUGGAAAAAAAAUAGUUCAUUCUAU